GAAAGCUUGCGCUCAACUUUCGUAGACCAGAGCGUGGACAAAGUCUUCCUGCCCGAGAAGUUGGUCCGUCUUCACGAGGAGAGUCGUCGUCCAGCAGUCUCCUCCUAGCCAAACAGAUUGGAUAAAUGUUCAAAAACCUUGACUUUGAAUGAGGAAUAUUCUAAAACUUGUGUUCCUUAAGGUAUCCCAUGCUUCGAGCGGCCGCGCACUGCGCAUGCCCGGGUGGGGGCGGAGCGGAGAGCAGGGGCGGAGCAGACAGUAGGGGCGGGGCGCGCCGAGCUCGCGGCGGGACAGAGCGCCAGGCGUCGUGGUGAGGAUGGCCACGCUGCGCAGACUGCGAGAGACGCCUCGGCACUUACUGGUCUGCGAGAAAUCCAACUUCGGCCACGACAAGUCGCGCCACCGGCAUCUUGUGGAGACGCACUAUCAUAACUACCGGGUUUCAUUUUUCAUUCCUGAAUGUGGGGUGCUACCGAAAGAACUGAAAAGCCUGGUCAUGGAAACUGGACCCUAUUACUUUGUGAAGAAUUUGCCUCUUCAUGAAUUAAUAACACAGGAGUUCAUCAACACCUUUGUAAAGAAAGGCUCGUGCUAUGCACUCACAUACAAUACCAAUAUUGAUGAGGAUAACACUGUUGCCCUGCUACCAAAUGGGAAGUUAAUUUUAUCUCUGGAUAAAGACACUUAUGAAGAAGCUGGACUUCAAGGUCGUCCAUCUCGGUAUUCUGGCAAAAAAGCCAUGAAGUUUAUUGUUUCCAUUGAUUUGAUGGAUUUAUCCUCUAACCCGGAUUCUAAGAAGUAUGAAAGAGUAUCUUGGUCCUUCAAAGAAAAGAAGCCAUUGAAAUUUGAUUUUCUUUUGGCGUGGCAUCGUACAGGUACAGAAGAAUCAACGAUGAUGUCAUACUUCUCCAAAUACCAGAUUCAGGAGCACUGGCCAAAAGUAGCCCUGAGUACAGUGAGAGAUGUGCAGUGCCCAGUGCUGCAGAGCAGUGAGCUCGGGGGACAGCCAGAGACAUCCUGCAGCGCCCCGGAGCUCUUCGACUGGCUGGGUGCUGUCUUCUGUAAUGCCGACUUAAAUAACGAGCCUAAUAAUUUCAUAUCAACCUAUUGCUGUCCUCAGCCGAGCACAGUGGUGGCCACAGCUUACUUGUGUACAAUCACUGGCUUCAUACUUCCGGAGAAGAUUGGUGUCCUCCUGGAACAACUGAGUCACUACUUUGAUGAACCAAAGUUGGCUCCGUGGGCUACCUUGUCAGUUCAAGGCUUUGCAGACAGCCCUGUUUCCUGGAGGGAGAAUGAACAUGGUUUUCACAGAGGAGGAGAACAUUUGUACAACUUCGUGAUUUUUAAUAACCAGGACUAUUGGCUUCAGAUGGCUGUUGGAGCACAUGAUGACUGUCCACCAUGAGAAUACAGAAUUGAAAAUCAUGUUUGUUUA